CGUCCUGCCGGGGAGGAGCCAUGAAGCCGCGGCACUGACACGUAACAACCCUGCUUAAACUUCAAGGAAGGCGCCGCAUCUUUUUCCCUGAAGUGGAGAGUGGACACGGCUGCUCGGCCUUGAUGUGUGGUUGACCUGUCCGGGACCAGAGGCUUCUUCUUCGGGCUGUUGCGGAGGAUACCCGGGGCUGGCGGAGACAGGAGCCCGACUCACAAGAUGAGGUUCUCAGCGUUGAUGUCGGUGCUGCGGUCUGUCGGCCCGGUGAUCGUCGGCAUUUCUCUGGGGUUCACGCUGAGUCUGCUGAGCGUGAACUGGACGGACGAAGCGUGUCGCGCGGCCGAGGCGGAGGACGUGACCGCGGCGCCGGACGGACAACUCCGAGGAGCCCGGAAGCCCAGCUCCAUCUCCAGCCUCGGCGAGGGGGAGUCCGAGGAGCAGUUCGAACCCAGGAUCGUCCCGUAUAAACAAGUCCAGCAGGGCACCCCCAAGAAAGUGUUCAGGGCGAGGUACAUAAGCACAGAGUUGGGGAUACGUGAGCGUCUGUUUGUCGGGGUCCUUACAUCCAAAAACACCAUCAACACCAUGGGCGUAGCCGUCAAUCGCACCAUCAGCCAUCACCUGGACUCUGUCAUCUUCUUCACCGGCAUGCGCAACCGCAAAGUUCCCCACGGCAUGUUUGUGGUUUCCCAUGGGGACGAGAGACUGAUCUGGAACAUGUUCCAGACCAUCAGAUAUAUUUUAGACCAUUACAUCAAUGAGUACGACUGGUUUUACUUCGUCCAAGACGACACCUACACGGAGGCUGACCGGAUCAAGACCCUGGUUGAUCACCUGAGUAUGGAGAGGGAGCUUUACAUGGGAAGUCCUGAGGAGUUCAUCGGCGGGGAGAUGGAAGGGAAGUACUGCUACGGGGGGUUUGGGUACCUCCUGUCGCGUUCCUUGCUCCUGCGACUCCAGCCCUUCUUGGAAAACUGUAGGAACGAUAUCCUGAGCGCCAGGCCUGACGAGUGGCUCGGGAGAUGCAUCAUCGAUUACACCAACACAAACUGUGUCAGUGAAUAUGAGGAGCGUCAGUACCAUCACUACGAGCUGGGAAAAAACUCAGAUCCCAGUAAAGAGCAGAACGAACAUUUCAAGAACGCUCUGACCGUCCACCCAGUGUCUGACCCUGAACAGAUGUACCGGCUGCACAGAUACUUCACUGAGAUUGAGCUGCAGAAGACUUACGAUGAGAUUGCUAAGCUGCAGGCAGAAAUAAAGAACGUGAGUGUUGUUGCUUUUGAUGGCAACCGAAGCUCCCAGUGGCCCGUGGGGAUCAAUCCACCUUUUGAGCCCAAAUCCCGGUUUGAAGUGUUGAAGUGGGAAUACUUUACAGAGGAGGAGAUAUAUCUGUGCAUUGAUGGCGCUCCCAAGUGUGAGCUGCGUGGCAUUGACCGCAUGGAUGUGGCUGAUGUCAUCGACACGGCCGUCGGAGAGCUGAACAAGAAGUACAAGCCUGUUUUACACCUGAAGAAGCAGCAGCUAAUUAACGGCUACAGGCGCUUCGACCCCGUCCGGGGCAUGGAGUACACCUUGGACCUUCAGCUAGAGGUUGUAAACCAGAAAGGUCACAGCCGUUCCAUCACUAAGAGGGUUCACCUGGUGCGACCUUUGAGCCAAAUAGAGAUAAUUCCCAUGCCCUAUGUUACUGAAGCCACAAGAGUUCACAUCAUAAUACCUCUUACUCUGAAGGACCAGGGCUUUGUUCAGCAUUUCCUUGAAGUCUUUGCCUCCAACGCCUUUGAGACAAGUGAAAAUGCUAUUCUAACAUUCUUAUUUAUUUAUGACCCAGUGGAGGCGCAACAGGUGAAUCAGAAUGAUAUAUUCGCCAGUGUAAAGACUCAGAUUAAUACUUAUGAGCGAAAAUAUCCCACGGUGAAAAUACCUUGGAUAAGUGUCAAGACGGAGACGCCUUCCCAGAUCAAGUUCAUGGACAUCAUCUCCAAGAAGCACCCCGUCGACACGCUGUUCUUCUUGGCUGGCGUCAACACAAACAUCAACACUGAAUUCCUGAACCGCUGUCGCAUGAAUUCCAUAAACAACUGGCAGGUGUUCUUCCCCGUCCAUUUCCAGGACUACAAUCCUGACGUGGCCUAUCACAACCAACCGCAUCCGGCCACGGUCGAUCUGAUCAAGGACGCGGGCCAAUUCGACCGCCUGUCAUUUGAAGAGUCCUGUUUUUACAACACCGACUACAUGUCCACGCGCACGCGGAUGGUGUCGGACGUCCAGGAGAACGAGGAGAUUCUCGAGACCACGGACAUCUAUGACAUGUUCGUGAAGUACUCGGGUCUGCACGUCUUCAGGGCGGUGGAGCCAGCAUUGCACCAGCAGUACCGCUACCAAACUUGCAACCCGAGACUCAGCGAGGACAUCUACCACAGGUGUGUUCAGAGUAACCUGGAAGGGCUCGGCUCUCGCUCGCAGCUCGCCAUGCUGCUGUUUGAGCAAGAACAAGGAAACAGCACUUGAAAUUUCCACUGACCUGUCGGCUACUGCACUUCUUUAAACAGACAUUAAAAGCGGUGUCUUACUUUCAGACAGCGUUUUGAUGCAAGCUAGAACAUACGAGGUUCCAUCCGUAAGUAUAAUUUGCCCAAAACACAGCCCAUGUUUGGAGAUGUGGUCAUGAACUGUAAGUGGCCUCGUCGUCGGACAUUCUCCAUCUUGUGCAUCAAGGGUUAUUUGGUCUGUUCGAGUUUUUAGGUAGUUAGUACCGAUGCAGUACGUUCAUUAACUCUUUUAAAAUGUUUUUUUUUUUUUUAAUACAAAUGUUUACAAUACUUGUCCAUACAGAUGAGUUCCUAGAACCAAAAUGCUUUUGCUACUCUGACGAUUUUAAAAUGUGCGUCAAGCUAUUUUUUAACCACUAGAGGGCAGAAAUCAAAGCAGCAGAGCCUAGAGGUACGGUUAGCUUUACCCGUUGUGAAGGUGUCCUCCAAUCCUCCAGUGGACAGCGCCAUAUGUGAUUUGAGUCACUUUACUUUCCACAAGUCCAGUGAAAUUCCAAUAUUCAGAGGGACCUUCGUUUAAUCCACCAACUCCUGGAAUAAAGACUCAGAAGAGGCUUGGCUGAAUUAGUGUGCAUGGUACAGCUGCUCGUUGAUUUGUUUGCAGUCGGAGGAUUAAACCAAGUGAACUAAUACAAUGAGUUCAAAAUAGCAGAAAGCUUUAGCGGGUUAUUGCUUCUCGGUGGCAUCAGGAGAACGAGCAGCAACGUUUUCCUAUUUUACAGAAUGUUAAUCUGAUUUUAAUGUCAAAGAUAUUUUUGAAUGGGGUUAGAGUAAAGUUGCAAUAGAUACAUGUUAAUACUCAGGCCUUUUUCAUGGCAGACAUUUUGUUGUGAAAGUACACUGGGAAAAGAAAAUAGUUUACCAACUUAAAAUACAUUAAGAUUGGUAGCAAGCAAAUUAAUUAAAUCAAAGUUGUGAAUCAUGUGGAAAUAACUUGUAAACUUUCAUUUGAACAACUUAAUUAACAUGUGUGUUGCCUAUCAAAUUACUUUUUAAGUAAGUAAAACACUUCGCUUCUCCAAGAAUAGAAGAAGUAAUGAACAACUGAUAUCAACGAUGCUGCUCUUCUAUUCAUCUGUGCCAGUAAGACUAAGUCUGUGUGACAGUGAGUCAGCAUGCACGACACCAGGUCCCCUGGAACUGAAAGCAGCUAAAUGGAAUUCAGCCAUCGUUCCACUUAUUAUUUACACCAGUGCUUUUUUUGCACCGUGACAUUUCAAAAUGUCCACCGUGAAAAAGGCCCAUUGCGCCAUAGUUUGUUUGCCCUUUCAUGGAAGGGCACUGGAACGUUGAGCUUUUAAUAUUUACUGAUUUGAGUAUUCUUAAAAGCACAUGUUUGUGUAUGUGCCUUGACACUGAUGUUUUCAUAUGCUGGCUGUUUUGAAAUUAUCUUAUUAAUCAUUCGGAUGUUGCACAUCGGAUGUUUUUCAUCAGAAUUUUGCUAUUUUUACAUCAUUAAUAAUAGUUUUAAACAUUGGUUGGAGAGCCUCACUUUCACUGAGGAUAGAGACUGUUACAUAGCUUUGAAUUGAAUGGGUAGUUGGUAAAAACUUGAUAUAGAACAGGUGACUUGGAAAUAUCAGGAUCCCAGGCGUCCACAGGUUGUAUAUGUGCCUCAAAGCAGGAAAAGCUUCCUGAAAAGUAUCGAAUGUCCUGAGAUGUCGUCACAGUCCGCCAACAGAGUACGUUUAGUCUUCAUCUUUGAAAUCUUUUGAUGUUGCAUACCAUUUCUUACUCGUAGAGUCAAAGGAUGAUUAUGAAUAAUGGGGGUAAAAUCAUCUUUCUAAAAUGUCUGAAGUGAUUGCCGAGGCGAUUCAUUUAUUCAAGAGUCCUCAUUGAAGUAAGCGGUACUUAAAAACUGAAUUUAAUUAGUUUAGAAAUGACUGAAGUUACGAAUGUAUGAAAGAUUUCUUCUGUGUCACCAGAAGACACUGAAAAGAGUUUAAGACUUUGUAAGUUAUUGAACGGUGUCAUCGUCCUCCACUUACUGGCUACUUUCUCCUAGUUGCAGUACAAUCCAAUGGGAGGCCUUUUUCCACGUUACCACACAGCGGUACUCAACACCAGACAGUUCUGAUGUUCUAUCAUUUUGUGCAAUAUUACUGAAAACAGGCCUGGGCCGAUGUCUGAUGGAGGACAGGACUUUUACUGUCGAAGAUGUUUGCUGCAAGUACAGCAAAUGUGUGUAUUUUACAAUACUGUUCCUGAUGUUACAUUAAUUCAGGACUCAUACUUUAUUGCUAAGUAAAUACACUGUAAUCACUUUGACAAGAACUUUAAUGUAUUUUGCAGACACUAGACACUUUUUGUCCUCAAAUUAACUUUGAAAUAGAUAAAGAUUAAGGUGAGUCACUUUAACUGUAUUCCUAUUUCAAAGCAGACACUACAUCCACAGUGGUGAUCAUCAGCAGUGUUUGCUGAAUUUUUUUCAUGUGAACACAGACCGCAGUCAGUUGGUGCUGACUUUUUGCAUUUCUAUAUAUAUAUAUAUAUAUAUAUAUAAUUUCCUUUUAUAUUCAUGACGCAUCUCUAUCUUGAUGAGAGCAGUCUUUCACGGCGGCCGUGCUCCAGCUGACAGCGAGCGCGUCCGGCGUGAUUUUCAAGGGUACGACAUUAAUAAUGUGCAGAAUAGAAAAAAAGACCUGCAUCUUCCAAAAAAACGAACCACUGUGAAAGGCAGAGAUUUGUGAACACGAAGUCGUUGGUGAACCGCGUCGUCUUUGCCUUCUGUAGACGUGAGAGGCCUGAGGUUGAGGGGCAGAUUCCUCACCCUGUGUAGUUGACACAGCCACCGUCGCAGAGUAUUUUGUCUGUAACUUAUUUCUCUAUGCAUUUAGCAGAUUUUGAACACGUCUGCACUAUCAGAGGCUUCCAUGACAUCCUCUGUACAUGUAUACAUAUUUUAUAGACUAUUUUUAUGGCUUUUCUUAGCUUUAUUUACACAGCAAUAAUAUUUUAUUUCCUUGUUGACACAAUCAAUCAUGUGCUGUAUCCUCUUGUGUUUUGUGCUUUGAAAAAUCUUGUCCUUUGACCAUGAAGAUAAUUUACAAUGUGUGUUUUUCCUUUACACUUUGAAUCAAGUUAAUCCUUUCAAAAAGUAGGCAAAUACAUGAGCUCCGGUUUCUAAUUUCCAUCGACGUUCUGACUCAUUGGUUUACAUUAUUUGAAGCAUAUAUGGGUACUAAUAUAACCAAAGCAAUAUGUUUAAAUUCACGCUCUGUAAGUUUUUUGUAUUGUGUGCUGUAAUUCCCAAAUGAACUGUGAAUUAUUGUAAUUUUUAAAUAAAGAAUAUUUGAACAAAAAAA